AUGCCAUCAAAUCGUAAACGACGGAGCAACGCAACAUCCGAGACCGAGUCAACCCCAAGCGCUCGUCGGCGCAGAAGACAAAGCGAAGAACCCGACUCAUCACCCGCACCAGACAGCGACUAUGAUGGACCAAGCGCACCGACCAGCACCGAUGCAAUGGUUAAGAAAAUGGUGCGGCUCGCCAUAGCAAGCGAGUACUCGCGGCUCCCGAUCCGGCGCAACGACAUCAGCGCCAAGGUUCUGGGCGAGCAGGGCCGGCAGUUCAAGGUAGUUUUCGACCAGGCGCAGCGGGAAAUGAGGCAGCGCUUUGGUAUGGAGAUGACCGAGUUACCGGCGCGAGAGAAAGUCACCAUUACCCAGCGACGGGCCGCGCAGAAAACGGAAAAACAUUCCUCGUCUAAUAAGUCCUGGAUCGUUACUAGCACCUUGCCGCCCCCAUACCGUUCCCCCGAUAUCCUCAUUCCAACCAAGGCACCCUCCCUCUACACUGAAAGCACAUACACGGGCCUGUACAGCUUCAUCAUAGCGGUGAUUAUGCUGAACGGCGGCUCACUGGCUGAGCAGAAACUUGACCGGUACCUGGCGCGCACAAACGCCGAGGUUGCUACGCCCGUCGACCGCACGGAUAAACUGCUGCAGCGGCUAUGCAAGGAGGGAUACAUUAUCAAGACGCGGGAGAUGGAUGGUGGUGAGGAGGUGAUUGAGUAUGUCCUUGGACCGCGGGGUAAAAUUGAAGUUGGGACUAGUGGUGUGGCGGGUCUUGUGCGAACUGUUUAUGGGAAGAACAGUGACCACGCGGGCUUGACUCAACUCCAGAGGGAAGACCUUGAGGACUUUGAGGGGAAGCUUGGGAGGAGCCUUGGGAUUGAGCCGGCGACCGUACAAGAUAGUGGGAUGGAUGGUGCUAGCGAUGUGGAUGGGGAUGCUCGAGUUAAUGGAAACGGGGAGGAACGUGAGGCGCCGCGGAGCUCGGGGCCUAGACGGUCUUCAAGGCGUGGUCCUACCCAAGAAGAGGAGGAGGAGGAAGAUUCUGGCUCUGAGGAGUAUGAGGAAGAGUGA